AUGUCUGACCACGCAGAAUCUCCUACAGAAAAUCAAAAAGAUGACCCCUCGAUACAACACACUGCCACUGAACACACUGGAUCGUCGGAUGUAGGAAAAAAGAGUAUGUUCAUUUAUGUCAAUCAGUCAUUUGCUCCAUCACCAGACCAAGAAGUGGGUGUGCUUUUCGAGUGUUUUGGAAGCGAUGGUAAACUAGUUCUCCAUUACUGCAAGUCCCAGGCCUGGAGAUGAUCGUGCAACUUUUUUUUUGUGCAACAAAAACAUCAUUCAAAC